AAGAGACACCACCUCUCCCUGCAACCUGCCCUCCCUCAUCUCCCUACUACCACUACCACAGCAAUGCCAGCACUGGAAAGGCAGAUUUAGACAGCAGAGGGCAGCCGCCCUAUGAAGAGAACACGACAGGAGAUGGGACUCGAGUUGGUCCCCCAAAAAGGCUUCAGAAGAUGGUAUUUGUGUCCGUGCUGCGCUUCGGUUUCAUGGUACAAGAGCGAACUGCGUUACAGGCGGACAGUGGCGGUCACCUGGAAUAACGGGAUAAGCUGCAGGAAAGACCUGCAUCCCCAGGACUAUCAAACCACCUGAGUGACGGGGCAACCGCGCAAACGGGGUCCUGGCGGGAUCUCACCGACCCCCCGGACCCCGCUCGGGUCAGGAGGCGAACAACUGCCCCAAGCUCCAGCAACCGCUUCACUAAAGAGCUCGUGUCAUGUAUUUCUUUUAAAAAAAACCACCCCAAAACACUAAUGUUCUCAGUCAUGGCGCGACGAAGCGAAGUAGAGGAUCGCAACAGGGCACUCGCUACUCCUGACGCCUCCGAAGCGUGAAACGCAGCAAAGGCGAAUUUUUUACCAGCUGUUCCCUCACUCGCCGGGAGAGUUGGUCCCCGGCAGCGGCGCCGGCGGACCCGCGGCGGGGACCGGCGGGGAGAGCCGCGGUCUCCCUUUUGUGGCCGCAGCCGCCGGGGAGGUGGCGCCGGGUGCGCUCCGGUGGAUGCGAGCGGGGUUAAACAUUAAGCCCCGCGGGGAGAGAGGGCUCGCCCCGGCCGGGACAGCAGCUCCCGCCGCCCGGUCCCCGCACCGCCGGGUGCCCCCGGCCCCGCGCCCGCCGGCAGGUGAGGGGCCGGCCGGGGCACGGCGGGGCGAGAGCAGCGCUCGCCAUCCUCCCCGCCGCCCCUUUGUCCCCCGGGGCGACCCGCACCCCGCGGCGCCCUCCCGGCCGUGGGGACCCGCUACCUACCAGCUCCCCGCGGCGGCGGCGUCUCCGGGAGCGGCUCAGGCAGGUGGCGGGGCCGGUGCCGGUCCCAUCCCUCCCGCCGCCUCCGCGGGGCCCGGGGCCGCCUCCCCUCCCUCCCGCCGGGCGCCGGCCCUCGGCGGCGCGCUCCGAGCGGGGCGGGGCGGGGCGGAGCGGCGCCUCCCGCAGGUGGAUCCUGCCGCGGGGUCCCGCCGUUCCGUGUUCGCCUCGCUCCGUGUUCGCCUCGCUCCGCAGCGCUCCCGGCGGUGCCGCCGCCGCCCCUGCCCGCCCGCGGCCGCGGGGGCCCCGCCGCGCCGCCCCUCCCCGGUUGGGCCGGCCCCGGGCCCGUCCCUCCGCGCAGCUUCCCCCGCGGGCCGCCGCCCCGGGGCACCCUGUGGGGCGUCACCGCCCUGUCUGUUAUUAUACUGCUGUUUUCGUGUAUUCCCCGAAGUAAACCGUAUUCUUUUUUUCUUCAUCCUUGUUUUCGUUCGCCGUGCCCUGGCACUGCGGGUUGCUCAGGGGCUGCCGUACCCUCACCCCGGUUCAGGGUGGGAGGUUUCGGGGUGCGGCCGUGGUACCUCUGCGGCCCCGACGGCGCCAGGCUCUUUGUCCCCAGUGUCCAGGUCCCCAGGCCCUUUCUCGGAGGGUCCCCAGGAGUGGUGCGAGCCCCCUGGGUCCCUACUGCCAUCACAGGACAUCAGCUCUGAGAGCUCUGCGGUCAGUCACCCACGUUGCCCUAUCCGGCAGAUAUUUGAGUUUAAUUGUCAAACACAUUCUUUGCACGGGUUUUAAUUACUCAUCCUUCUUGAAUUCUUAUAAUGACAUCUGGCAAGAAAAGAGGAAACCAGAGCCAAGAAGGCAAAAAUCCUGCAAUGUUCUAACUCUACAAGAAAAAUCCACAAAAAGUUUUGCCAAAAUUCCCAGCUGAUCACCAUUACCCCAGAAAGGAAAUAUAAAUUUCACAGGACUCAAUUUAUUUGCAGCCUUCUGCUGACCUCUGCACCCUGCUGCUGCCCUUACAAAGGAUGAGAAGGGCCUGAAGCAUGGCAAAACCUCUGCCUCACCCAUCAACCCUCUGUGAGGAGCUGAAAUAUGACAAGAUCUUACAUUCUCAGACAUUAUUUUUCUAAUUUGCAUUUACUUGGGCCUAGCACCAGCUCCUGUCUGGCUCUGCAAAUUUUACCAAAUGAGUGGAAAAAGCAUGUGCUACCAAAAUCAUAACUACUCGGACGAGUCUUUCUCAACUGUGAAUGACUAGAGAAGAACUGCAGUGUGAGGGAGAGGUCC